AUGUCACGACCGGUUGUCGGUGUAAAUGUGACUGCGCACAGGAAAGAACAGAACAUGACGGAUAUUAAGAAAAGAAAGAAAUUGUGGGUAUGCUACUACGUUGAGCUCGUUGUGGGCUCGCCACGGGAGAACCACACGCGAUUAGGCUUUUCGGGUUCCUUUCAGGCUCUUGUGCGAUUGCACCGCGAGUUUUUGCGGCUUUAUAUCGAAAAAUACGGAGAAUCUCAGGGUGGACUACUUACUGGACGCGAAAGCUUCCUGUCGACCCGUUCGUCGUCCACAUCGCGUUCGUCGGUGUCGUCGACGUCUAAGAGGUCGCCUACCUCUUUCUCGAGUAUCGUGCGGCACACAUUCCGCUUGAAGAAAGAAAGCACUACCAGCAACGAAGUUGAAGAAGAAGAAAAGGAGACGACGAGCAAGCUGCAUACUCAUCAGACUCAUCACGCUCACGACCUGCACCAUCAGUAUAUGUCCGCGAUAGAGCCACCUGGGAUUGUUUCCUUUCCUGUACAGAAGAAACUGCUGCUGCAUCUGGAAAGCGGUGAGGCCAAGGAUGAUGAAAAAAUUGAGGCUCGCAACGCCGCGUUAUUUGAAUAUUAUUCGCAACUGUUUAACUCAUUUGACAGCGAGCUGUAUCUGGAGUUAGUUUACCAGCGUGCUCAAGAGCGCGCAACCAAGAACAAGAGCCUAGUAUGUGAGAAUCAGUCGGAGGACGAAGCAGAGCAGAUAUCGUCUUCCAAAAUUAGCGGCGGGUUUUUCAAUCUGCUGCGCCACCGAAACACGGAGGGCGUUAAAAGCAGCAAGCAGGUUGAAUUUGUCGAGCCCGUGUACGUGCGCACAAGGGGAAAAUCGCGUAGACGGCGGUCCACUCAUCGAAACUCCAGCCUCCAUGCCCCAUAA